AUGUCCGACAGACAAGAAUCAACCAGUGCCAAGAAUCAUGGGGACGGAGAUGAUGAUGGCUACAAUCAAUCGCAGUUGUGGUCCACAUCAUCAACCUUCUUCUCUACCUCCGGGAUGGUCGAGGACACGGAAAUUCACACAAUAGGAGGGUUUAGCCAGGAGCUUGAGACGGAAUUUACUUCCACCAAUGCCGAUAUUACAUCAAGCUUUACGUCUACGUCUGGAGUAGUGCAGGAGAGAGCGACUUAUAACUCCGGAUGGCUUGGGGAGAGUACCCAGAAGAAUGCGAUUCCUCACACGCAAUCUGUAUUUUCGGGCUCACCAGCCGAGGUUGAGGAGAAUGAAGGAGCUCUGGGCUUCGCUGCCAGACAUCGUGUCUCUCUGGAUCCGAUUGAAGAGGCGUAUUUGGCUGAAAUUGCAAUGACUGAUGGUAGCAUUACCAGCAUCAGUGGUUUCGCAAACACCUUGCCAGGGGAGGACCCAUGGUUUUAUCCAGACAAUUCAGACUUUGAUUUAUACAGGUGGCUUCACAAGCUAAUUCGCAUGCUAAAUAAGAGCAAGCUUCCUGGAGAGAGGCCAUCAGUGGCGUUUCAAAAUCUUCACGUCUUGGGGACUCGAUCUACAAUACGGUACAAUUGGAAUAUGCUCGAUAUCUUGACCGCUCCCCUGAGGCCACGAGGCUCCUUUAACUCGAACCAUGAAUCUCCUAAACCAAUCCUUCAGAGCGUACAUGGUGUUUUGAACAGGGGAGAGCUGCUACUAGUUCUAGGGCGACUUGAAUCGGGGUGCAGCUCCCUUGCGAAGGCACUGUGUGGGGAAUUCCAUGGGUUACAGUUGAAUUCAGAAUCAGCCAUUUACCACGGCGGCAUGCCACAACAAACAAUACCCAAUACAUUUAAGACUGGAACUGUUUACAAUUCGGACUUUAAUGGUUUUUUCCCCAGUUCAACAGUGGGCCAGACACUAGAGUUCGCGGUAUCGGCGCGGACCUCUUCGAAUCAGCUAAAGAGUGUGUCUCGCAAAAGAUACACAAAGCUGAUGGCGAAAGUGAUCGGUGCAGUGUUUGAGCUGCGCCAUGUCUACAAGAAAAGAAUUUGUGAUAUUUCAACAAGUGAGCACAAGCGGCUCGCUGUGGCAGAGAUGGUCUUGUCGGGGGGGUUUUUGGCUGCAUGGAACAAUCCGACUCAGGGAACGGACUCAUAUUUGACACUGAACUUCAUACAGUCACUCAGAUUGGCCGCAGAUCUAGGCUCAUCUUCCCAUAUCAUACCAGCUCGUCAAGUGAGCCAGGCCAUCUACGACCUUUUUGAUAAGACUGUGUUAUUGCACGAAGGGCGUCAGAUCUACUACGGAUCCACUGUUAAAGUCCGACAAUUCUUCGAGCACCAAGGCUGGUACUGCGGUCCACAACAAACCACUGCUGACUUUUUGGCCGCUAUCACCAAUCCAGCAAGUAGAAAACUACGCCCUGGAUUUGAAGGUCAAGUGCCCCGGACUCCCGAUGAAUUUGAGGCGUACUGGCACCAGUCUUCAGAGUUUUUAGAGCUACAACGAGAGAUGGCAUCUCAUCAGCUUCUUGAAACAUCUCAGCAGAAGCACGAGUUCCCUGAAAGCCGACAGAACAAGUCUCGGAACUCAAAAUAUUGUACGUGGGCUGAUUCGCCAUACACGAGCUUGUCAUUACAAAUCAAGCUCUGCAUCAAAAGCGCAUACCAGCGGGCCUGGAACGAACCCAUAGCCUUGAUUAUUGGGUCCAUGUUUCACAACACACCCGAUACGACAUCAGGAUUCUUCGCCAAGGGAGCCGUGAUAUUCUACAUGGUGCUGCUAAACUCCUUCAUCCCAAUAAGCGAAAUCAGCAGCCACCAUUCGCGACAUCCGAUUGUGCAAAAACAUGCCUUGCUUGGGUUUUAUCACCCAGCAAUUGAGGCAAUAGCCCAUUUCCUGAUCAUCUACUUUAUGAGCAACCUUCGUCGCGAACCUUCUCAGUUCUUUCUAUGUCUACUUAUCAACUUCCUGACCAUACUCGUUACAAGUGCGGCCUUCCAAGCCAAUGCAGCGAUAGCAAAAACAGUUUCACAGGCUAUAGUACUUGCUGGCUUGCUAGUCCUUCCGGUGACUAUCUACACAGGUUUCAUCAUUCCGGUCCCCCAAAUUCACCCGUGGUUCAAGUUCAUCCGCUAUUUAACCCCCACAUACUACGCGUUCGAGAGCCUGGUUGCCAAUGAAUUCCAUGGCCGUCAUUUUGGCUGUGCUGCAUUUGUUCCAUCUUAUCCGAACAUUCAAAACAACUCAUUUAUCUGCUCCGCUGUUGGGGCGGUCGCUGGUCAGUGGACUGUUAGUGGUGAUGAUUAUAUUCGGGCUACAUAUGAAUUCACCUACCAUCAUGUGUGGAGGAACUUUGGUAUUCUCAUCGCAAUGAUGCUUGGUUGGAUGAUGAUUCAUCUUGUUGUGACUGAGAUGAUUUCAUAUACAAACACGGCACCUGAGAGUCUAUCAUUUCGUCGAGGUAAUGGGCUCAAAAAAGGUGGGAAUAGCGCGGACGAAGAGACAGGCCAGUCAGUCGUGGCUAUAAACAACUCUAUGGUGGGUGAUGCACAAAACAAGAACCCAAGUUUCAUUCCAGCUCAACAAGGCAUCUUCACAUGGCGGGAUGUGACAUACAAAACUGUUUUUAAGCGCGAACAUCGUCAGAUUUUGGACCAGGUGACCGGCUGGGUCAAGCCAGGAUCGCUGAUGGCAGUGAUGAGUGUUAACGAGAUCGAAAGAAAAGCAUUCCUCGAGAUAUUGGCGCAACACACCACAGUGGGUGUUUUCACUGGUGACAUGUUCAUCAAUAGCCGCCCUGUAGGCUCGAACUCCCAGCGAAAAUUCGGCUAUAUCCAAAAACAAGACCUUCAUCUGGAGACAGCAACAGUUCGUGAAAGCCUUCAGUUUAGUGCACUGCUGCGACAGCCGAGCUCGGUUUCCAAAGAAGAGAAAUACGCGUACGUUGAGGAAAUAAUCCGGAUACUGUGUCUGGAAGAGAUCGCAGAGGCAUUUGUUGGAGUUCCUGGAGAAGGGUUGAACAGAGAACAGCGUAAGCUGUUGAGCAUCGGAGUGGAAUUGGCAGCCAAGCCUCAGAUUCUAUUCCUGGAUGAGCCGACCAGUGGUCUUGACGAGCAUGGCUCCCGGGCUAUAUGGAGUCUUCUCCGGAAACUCGCCAACGCAGGACAAGCCAUCGUCUGUACCAUCCACCAGCCCAGCGCAUCCAUAUUCAAGCAAUGUGAUCAGCUUCUACUCCUCACCAACGAAGGAAAGACAGCAUAUUUCGGCCCAACUGGCGAGAACUCCCUGAUCCUGCUCGACUAUUUCCACAGAAACGAAGCCCAUCGAGCCAUCAAAGACAACGAAAACCCCGCCGAGUACAUCAUGGAGGUCCUCAAAACAGAAACCAACAAGAACAACGGCACCUGGUCCUCUAUCUGGAGCACAAGCAGAGAAGCAGCCACCAUCCAAGAAGAAAUCAAGCACAUCCACUCCCACAAACAAACCCAACAAAACCAACCAAACACCCCUCCAGACCCCCGCGAACACGGCGAAUUCGCCCUUCCCCUCCGGAACCAACUCCCCAUCAUCCUGCGCCGCAUAUCCCAACACUACCACCGCACCCCCCUCACCAUCCUAUCCAGAAUAGCCCUCACCACAACGGCAUUCCUCUUCAUCGGCUUCUCCUUCUACAAACAAAACCCCUCCCUCCACGGCCUCCAAGGAACCCUCUUCUCCCUCUUCAUGCUCUGCGCGCUCUUCCCACCCCUAGUCCAACAAACCAUCCCAACUCUCCACACACACAUAUCACUAUACAUCCACCGCGAACACCACAGCAGAACCUACUCCUGGCUCGCCCUCCUCCUAUGCACCCUCCUCAUAGAACUCCCCCACACCAUCUUCCUCGCUAUAACCUCCUACGCAAGCUACACCUACCCCAUCUUCAACAUCCAAUCCCCGCCCCAACAAGGCCUCACCCUCCUCUUCUUCCUACAAUACUUCCUCUCCGCCACCACCUUCGCAAUAGCAAUCGCCAUCCUCUCUCCCACCCCCCAACUCGCAACCCUCCUCACCUACGCCCUCUCAUUCUUAUCCAUAUCCUUCAACGGCAUCAUGCAACCCCCCUCCACCCCCCCUCUCCACACCUUCUGGAUCUUCAUGUACCGCAUCUCCCCAUUCACAUACCUCGUCAGCGGAAUCUCAGCAACCCAGCUCCACAACCGCGCCGUGAAAUGCAGCACCAUCGAACUAUCCACUUUCCAUCCCCCGAGCGGGCAAUCAUGCGCGGAGUAUCUGGGUACAUUUCUCCAAACAGCGACGGGGUAUUUGGUCUCUCCUGAUGCGAGGGAUAAAUGUGAGUAUUGUGCGGUAGAUGUUGCGGAUCAGUUUCUGGCCCAAAGGGAGUAUUUUUGGGAUGAAAGGUGGAGGAAUUGGGCGGUGGGGUGGGGGUUUGUGGUUUUCAAUUUGGGUGUUGCGGGGUUGGCGCUUUACUAUCGUGUGAGGGUUGGGGGGUUAGGAAGGAUGGGGUAGAUGAGAUGAUGGAUUUGGAUGGUCUGUUUCUGGAAUAUGGUAUAGUUGGAUAGAUCGUU